AUGAAGCGCCGGAUGGAUGGAAACAAGUGGGUGCUUACGAAAAAGCACACAGAGAUAGGACGUGGCACGUGUUGUACAAAGACAAGACGUUACGAAGCGAAUAUUCUUAUCAAGUGCCAAGGGACUAAACAUGUGGUACAGCUUCUAGACGUUGACAAGCGUGAUGAUAAACUUUACUUGGUACUUGAGUAUAUGAAUCGUGAUCUUGAGGUAUUAAUUGGAGCUGAGAGAGUGUCCCGAUGUUUGACAUCAAUUGCAUACUUGGGUAUAUUACAUUGCGAUCUCAAGCGAAAUAACUUGUUACUAUCAAUGACACAAAGUUGUGCCAAGAUUACUGAUUUUGGUAUGGUUACGUUCAUAACGACACAUGACGAGAAUGGAAAGAUUGAUGAAGAAAAGAUUGCAAAUGAUGAUAAGAAGCAAAAGAGAUCAGUACAUGUUGUGACAAGAGCGUAUCUUGACAUGUUGUCUGUUGGGUGUAUCUUUGCUGAAAUGUUACUUCGACGACCACUAGCGGACGAAUCCUCAGACAUCGAUCAAUUGAGUAAAAUAUUUGCUUUCUCUUGCAUCAUGCCAUUUUAUCUGCGAUUUCAAGAUACAAAUCCAUUACCACUUGUGGAGCAGUUUUCAAUGCUAUCGGCUGCUGGUGUGGAUUUGUUAUCGUAG